AUGUUUCUAAGACCUGACGAGCUUUUCCGUAGAGUUAAUUGUUCUUUUUAUUUCAAAAUCGGGGCUUGUCGUCACGGAGAGCAGUGUUCACGACUUCACAAUAAGCCAUCAUUUGGCCAGACAAUCCUUCUUCAGAACCUUUACAUUGCACCCCAGAACACCGCACAAAGUGCAGAUGGAUCACACAUUAACUUGACUGAAGUGCAAGCGCAACAGAUCUUUGACGAAUUUUUUGAAGAAGUUUUCGUCGAAUGUGAAGAAAAGUACGGAGAAAUUGAGGAAAUGAACGUAUGUGACAAUCUGGGUGAUCAUCUCGUUGGUAACGUUUACAUAAAGAUCUUUGACGAAUUUUUUGAAGAAGUUUUCGUCGAAUGUGAAGAAAAGUACGGAGAAAUUGAGGAAAUGAACGUAUGUGACAAUCUGGGUGAUCAUCUCGUUGGUAACGUUUACAUAAAGUUCCGUAGAGAGGAGGAUGCUGAAAAAGCAGUGCAGGAUUUGAAUCUACGCUGGUUCGGGGGUCGACCGGUUCACGCUGAACUUUCUCCUGUCACUGAUUUCCGCGAAGCCUGUUGUCGACAGUAUGAACUUGGUGAGUGUACCCGGGGAGGAUUUUGCAACUUCAUGCAUUUGAAGCCUAUUUCCCGCGAACUUUGCCGUAAACUUUACAAUCGAAGCAAGAAGCGUUACGGCCGAAAACGACGGUCACGGUCUCGCUCCCGUUCACGCUCACGUGAUCGGCGUCGUUAUUCUCGAUCCCCGGGCGGUCGUUCUUCGCGCCGAUGAGGCGGCACGAUGUACACAUGGCUGCAAAUAUGACAACUCACCUCAUUCGUUCGUGCUUAAUUUCGCCAAUUAAAAACAUUUUUCACCCUGUUUCAUACAAACACUGCCGCGUCUCCCUUGCCUUUUGUUACUGUGGUAUCGUUGGGCCAGUCGUGUGCUUUCCAGUAUUUCUGUGACCUUAGCCUCAUGGAUCGCCAACUGAUAGGAAGUAUUUUUCCGAUUGCCAGCUGUUAGUCACUCUCACCACAUCCAACAUCAAUAC